GAAUCAAAAACUGUGAAAUAGUGUUUGAUUAGCUUGCCGCGCCAUUUGAACAUAGUGGGCUACACUGCGAAUGUCGAGCAAACAUGAUAAAGAUAGAAAAGUCACUGUUGAUGAUGAUGGUAUUCCUAGUUGUGUGACAGAAUAUGUAAACGUUAACAGUACACCUCGGCAGUUCGUUCGGUCCCAAGUUAUACCAGAUGAUCAGUCACAAAUAUGUACUCAACAUCCGUUGUGUCCCCAAAAUUCACGCGUUCUGAAUAACGAUUGUGGUGAUAAAUGUAUGACUAAAAAUACUGACUGUAAAAGGCAUGGAGAGUUUGUAAGUGAAGAUCAUUCGAAGUCUUUUACCUUUUCAAACAUGUCACAAGAUGGAAAUAAACAAUCACUUGGAGAUAAUAUUCGGACUUCACAUUCAGUUAAACGUCUAUACGAAUCAUUCUGUUUAGUUUCAAACUCUUCCGCAAAGCGAAAUUGCUGUACAGUUGGGCAAGAUGGAUGUGAUGAACAGUCACAUGAACCCUCGACAUCAAAUAAUCCAUAUGACAGCCUAGGUUCUCGUGGUUUCGAUGUAUCUUCGGAAAUCAGAAUUGCAGCUCGAAGAUCAGAAAAUCAUUCUUUACCUUCGGCUCACAAUUUAGCGUAUGAAAUUGGAGUAAUAAAUGAAGUUCCGGAUGAUGCGCUAAAACUAACAGAGAAUAAAUACCGGUCUGAGCGUAAAUCGCCUCCUUAUUGUGUAGCUCAUUCAUUAACGAUGGCUGAAAUAGAACAAGCUAAAAAGUUAGAAAAGGACGAAAAUCUUAUUCCAUUUUUUUCUCCUCUCAGUAAAUCUCGGGCUCCUUCUUCGGCAGUUUCACCAGAAUCUUCGUAUGGUAACUCUGUAGUUUCAAUUUCAAAACGAAAUAGCGUUCUUAUUGGUUCCGCUGCACAACGUUCCCGUGAUGUUAACAGGGACAGCUGUUUUAUUCAAGAAGCUGUUGAUAGCUCUGGUAUUUAUAUACCCGGAGUAGAUCUACUCAUUGACGACUCCGAAUGUGAGCCCAUCGAUCUUAUAUCUAGGUUCAGCAGAACUCCGAUUUCUUCACCCAAAAUAGUUGACCCCGGUAGCACGAUAUCAUGUGCUCUUGCUGGACCUCUCUCUUCGUCUCAUGUCUUCAACCAGCUUGAUUCCAAUGUCGCACAAAGACGUACAUCUUCGGCUGCUACAUCAUCGCUGAGUGCUGUUUCUGCCGGAAUGGAAUUGAGUAAGGCUACGAAGGAACGUUGCGCACAGCUAAGGCAACGUCGGCGAGCACAACCAACCGAAAGACAACCACUACCUGCUUUGCAUCUGCACUUAUCAAAAGAUGGUACAAGUCCCUUGCCUCCAGGGUGGCAAAGAGCACCGAAUACUAGGCGUUCGACAGAAGGGCAAGAUCUAGGGGAUAGUUCUGGCACAUAUGCUUAUUAUUAUUACCAUGUCCGAACUCGUCAAACUAGGUGGGAUCCACCUGUAUACCCAUGGGACGCCGAUCCUACGGAUACCCUUCUUGGUGAAACCGGAGAGGAUGACCCAGAAGCUCCUUAUAAUUGGGGAUGUGCGUCGCGAUUCGCUGUCACACACGAAGAAAUUGAAGCUGUAAGUCAUGCUAUUAUAUUUUUGUGAUUGUGUUACUGUGUAUAGUUUUAUUCUACAAUUACUAUUCAAUGGAGUUCGUAGUCCUGAAUUAGGUCUGUCCUACUUCAUUCACCAUUCUUCAUACAACUUGGUAAACAAGUUUAUUUUCUCGCCUUGAAGCAUCUCCAAGAUCGUAUGACUUCGAAUGUUGCUUCUGAUGUCUCAUGAACUCAACUUGAAUUGUUCUUAAUUUACAUCCGAAUUCUUUUUCCUCUUGUCCUUAUUUCAACGGUGUUGAGAAGUCAAACGAUAAACUGAAGCUUUUUCUGUUAAAAUGUUUGUCUAUAGUUCCAAAACUCACUCUUAUGCACAAGUGGAAUUCUUUAGAACCGUUUGUUCUGCUGUACGAAAGCCAAUAAUUCCCAAACCGAACUUAUGUUACAGAUGUAUAAUCGCGUGCGUCAACGAAUAUUGGAACGUCAGUGCAUUGAUCUUCUGCAUGAAUUGGCAGGCAGACCAGAUGCUCCUCAGGAUGUAACUGAACAAGGCUUUGCCAUGGAAGUUAGUCCUUUUAUUUUUCUCAUGUGUUACUUUUUUGUCAAUUAAACACUCCUACUGUUGAAUCAGAGGCGUACGGGUAAUUAAAAUAAGGUGUUCUAUCCACUUGAAGUAACAUUUUAAGGUCAGGCUAUGAAGACCGUAUUGCAUGUAUGAAAGUAAUGCAUACAUGCGUACAUGUGUAAGAUAGCCUCAUCAUUACAAGCUAGAUUCAAGAACUGUUGAAUAUAUAUGAUAACUUUAUCCAAACACCUAGAUUACUAUGGACCACAGCUUGUCAUGCGUAAACUGCAUUUACGUUUUAUAAAUCUGUUGUUUACCACCUACAUACAGAAUCGGGCGACUUAUUUUGAUAACUAGUAUAAUCGGUUUUUUUAAAUACAUUAAAAUUAUUGCGACUUGCUAAAUGAACAAACUAUAAUAUUUUUAUUUCAGUUAUUCACUUUGGUUCACAAUACGUUACGUGGCUUUCGUGAUGCUCGAUGUAAACUUGGUCGUAUUGUUAACGAUGAAGAUUUAUACUACUUAACAAAAAAGGUAGUUUACUCACUUUUGCUGUAUACGAUUGCUCUUUAUAAGAAUUCAGUUUUAUACAAGUGCUUUUAAGGGGUCAAUCGUUAAGGAACUGGUUUUUUUUUAGAUUAUCCGUAGUUGGAAUAAACAUGUAGAGUCUAGAUUCGAAAUAAACCACACUAGUGAUUUUGGCAAUUCAUUGUGCAAUAUGUUUUAACAUUAUGAAAUUACUGCUGAACCUACUAGUCAUUCCUAUUUUUCCAGCUUGCUCAGGCCGUAAUCCUAAAAGAAAUACAGAAGUUUCAUCAAACCCAGGCAGCGAACACUUCUUUAUUUUCAACUGUUCUUACUCCUGAACUCCCUUCGGCAGUUCGAUCAAGAGUUACCACUUAUGUUAGGCGAUACAUGGAAUCUAAGGGAGCAUUCUAUCGUCGCCGAGUUCAGCUAAUACCUGCAACGGGUAUUUCUCGUCCGGAACAAGCAGCUCAUCUUAAACCAGACCCUGCUAUUUUUAAGCCAUCCGUCAACAGUAGUAUGCGUUCUCGACCUGUAACACAUCCUCAGAAUUUCGGCAAUGUAUCUCACCAUACAAAUUAUGUAGACAAUGCUUUUUCACAAUCUGCUCCCCCCAUUAAUACUACUGCAGUUAUUCCAACGCGCCGCUAACAGCUCAAACAAAAGUAUUGCUUCCGUCAAUAUCUGUAAUUGUACAUUUUUAGAGGGUUCCUUUGUUCAAGUUUCUAUUUUGGAUUUUUAUCCACUUGUUGCUUUAUAAUUAAUUUCCCUAUCAUAGUGAUAUGUUAUCGUCUUGUCGGAUACUCGACAACCAGCUUGCGGUUUAAAUAUGGAAAUUAUCAAUUCUUAUUUAGGUCUUUUGUAAAUAAACUUACAGACUGAUUCUUUUGCAAGCUGUUUAUUGUUAUCCUUUCCCAAGUCUAUGUCCGUGUGCCUAUGCCCAGUAAUCUCAUCAAGUAUGCAAUUUUCCUGUUUUCUAACUUUUGCCUGUAUUUAACAAAAAAUGCAACGGCAGGUGUGAUACAUAUGUGUUAAUAUGAGAUUUGCACUAUUGAUUUGUAAUAAAAUUGUAAUGAGAAUCUAUAUUUUGUAAAUUUUUUCCGUUUUCGAUGUAAUAAUACAAUUUUGGUUAUGCUGAAA